AGCGUCCAGGCUCUUCUCCCAUAGGCGGAGCCUAGAGUAAUGUGAGGGACGCGGCAGGCACUCAACUAUUGAACUUCCACGCUGAAAACAACCGGAUGAUGAGUAAAACAGUCUGUUUACAAAGUUUAAAAUGUGUUUGCGAAUGAAGAUUUGAAACUCAGUAUGGAUGCAGUCAAUGGUGAAUUAUUGCAGUGGACCUGAGACAGAGUGCGACAGUAACAAUAACUUCGAAUGUGGAUUAUUGUUCAGAGUUGCGGUGUCGCCUCGGAUUUCACUCAUGUGUUUACUAAUGCAGUGUCUGCACUGGACACUAACUUCAGUCGUGUGUGCCGCUGUGAUGUGGAGAGGAUGGACACAAAGAAGAUCUCAGCCACUCACGAUAUAAAAAACGGACAUUUAUAAUAGAAACUUUUUUUAUACAAUUAGACAAAAAAAAAACCUUUUUACUUUGAACUGGCUUUUGAUUUUGUAAGUAAUCAUGUGGAAACCUUGCCCAUUUACACGUCACCCGGCCCUUCUAGUUUACAUAGUCUUGGAAAUAUUUAUUCACAGCGUCAAAGGUCUUAAUGUUUGCAUGAGCGGCAGCGCCACAUCUUGUGAAGAAUGUCUCCUCAUUCACCCAAGCUGCGCCUGGUGCGUGCAAGAGGACUUUGGACAAGCUAGAACUCUCAACUCACGAUGUGACUUUAGCCAGAACUUACAGAAAAGAGGGUGUGAUGUCCCUUUCAUAGAAAAUCCCAGGAGUGGCAGUUCUCUGUUGCGGAGCAAGCCUCUGAGCUCCAAAGGUUCUGGGGUGACCCAGUAUGAUGUCAUCCAGAUAUACCCACAGAAGAUCUCUCUCAGCUUAAGGCCUGGUGACCAGAUCUCAUUUGAGGUACAAGUGCGACCUGUAGAAGACUACCCUGUUGAUUUGUACUACCUGAUGGACCUCUCGCUCUCCAUGAAGGACGAUCUGGACACAAUCCGCAACCUGGGCACCAAACUGGCUGAGGAAAUGAGGAAGCUUACAAGUAACUUCCGUCUUGGCUUUGGCUCUUCUGUGGAUAAGAACAUCUCACCCUUCUCCUACACCGCCCCCAAGUACCAGGACAAUCCGUGCAAUGGAUAUAAGUUAUUCCCAAACUGCGUCCCUACAUUUGGCUUCCGUCACCUCUUAUCUCUUACGGACAAGGUUGACCGUUUCAAUGAAGAAGUGCAGAAGCAGAUGGUUUCACGGAACAGGGAUGCACCAGAGGGUGGGUUUGAUGCCAUUCUGCAGGCUGCAGUUUGCAAGGAGAAGAUUGGCUGGAGGAAGGAGGCCUAUCAUCUCUUGGUGUUUGCCACCGAUGACGUCCCUCACUUGGCUUUGGAUGGCAAGCUCGGUGGACUGGUGCAUCCUCACGAUGGACAGUGUCACCUGAACGACAAGAACGAGUAUAGUGCUGCAGACAAGAUGGACUACCCUUCACUUGCUCUACUUGGAGAGAAACUGGCUGAAAACAAUAUUUUCCUCAUCUUUGCUGUGACCAAAAGACACUAUGUUCUUUACAAGAAUCUCACAGCAUUGAUCCCUGGGACUACAGUGGAAAUUUUGGACCAAGACUCCAAAAACAUUAUUCAGCUAAUUGUGAAUGCAUACAAUAACAUCAGGUCAAAGGUUGAGCUGAGCGUAUGGGACCAUCCUGAAGAUCUCAGUCUGGCCUUCACCGCCACCUGCCAAGACGGCCAGCCCCUGACUGGCCUCCGCAAGUGUGCUGACCUCAAAAUCGGCGACACUGUCUCCUUCAACAUAACUGUAGACGCUCGAGGAUGUCCUCCAAAAGGCACCAGGAAGAGUUUCACCAUGAGGCCUGUUGGUUUCAAAGACCGUCUGGAAGUCUCUGUGGACUACCGCUGUGAUUGCAGCUGCACAUAUUACACCAAGACCAACAGCAGCCGCUGCAACUCCGCCGGCACCUACAGCUGCGGGAUGUGCCGCUGUGAGCCCGGCUACCUUGGGGCCCGCUGCGAGUGCGAAGAGGGUGAGGUUGACCACCAACACCUCAGUGCCUGCCGUGAGGCCGAGGGCAAGCAGGUGUGCAGCGGCCGUGGAGAAUGCAGCUGUAACCAGUGUCUGUGUUACGAAUCAGAGUUCGGCAAAAUCUACGGUACCUUCUGCGAGUGUGACGACUUCUCCUGUGCCCGACAUAAGGGCAUACUGUGCUCAGGCCAUGGAGAAUGCCACUGCGGUGAGUGUAAAUGCCACGCUGGUUAUAUUGGAGACAACUGUAAUUGCUCUACAGAGACGGCUUCCUGUGUGUCGGACGAUGGCAAGAUCUGUAGUGGGCGGGGCAGCUGUGUGUGUGGGCGGUGCCAGUGCACUGAGCCAGGGGCAUUUGGGGACACAUGCGAAAAAUGUCCCACCUGUCCAGAUGCUUGUGGAACAAAGAGGGAAUGCAUCGAGUGCCGUCUCUUUAACACGGGGAGACUGGCCGAUAACCAGACCUGCCAGCGCAUGUGCAAGGAUGAGAUCAUCACCGUGGAAACACUCAAAACUGAUGAUUCCAACACUGUUCAAUGUGUGUAUAAGACUGAGAAUGACUGUGUGAUGAAGUUCACGUACUCUGAACAUGCCAAUGGCCAGUCGGUCCUCACCGCUCUUAAAGAGCCAGAAUGUGCUGUUGCCCCAAAUGCCAUGACUGUGCUCUUGGCAGUUGUUGGCAGCAUUUUGUUGAUGGGCAUCGUGCUGCUAGCCCUCUGGAAACUGGUCAUCACCAUCCAUGACCGCCGCGAGUUUUCACGCUUCCAGAGUGCACGUUCACGAGCACGAUACGAGAUGGCAUCUAACCCUGUUUAUAAGCAGUCCAUCCCCUCUCACCCAAUGGAGACGGUUUUCCAUAUGCAUAGUAUUAAGUCAUGCAACGGAGGAGUCCACUGAUCGACCUGCAUUUGGACUGGGGGACAUGGCAGGACCUGUCCAGCGCACCUCUGCACUACAGUGGAGGACAGAGACAGAGCAAAUCUUAUGGUCUUUUGCAAUGUAAACUUUUUUUUGAGGCGUGUGGUUCCUGAUGAUUGGAACUGAUCUUUAUGCGGUUUCAGUUUGAUGAGCAACAGUUGGACACAUGCCAAAUUUGAGAAGAGGAUUGGCUUGACUAGUUGGAGAGGCAGGCCUUACCGGCCUUUUCCAGAAUUCUCUAUGAGCGAUAGACAUUGACCUGCAAUGGACCGCUUGCUUGAAUAUAAUUCCUAAUUUUCUCCAGUUCUAACCAUACCUCCUGCACAUUAUGAUGGAUUUGCUGUGCAUUGUUUUAUAGGCAAAGAGACAUGAAGUGUAUAUUUUUAAGUGUGCCUUUCCCAGCCGUUAGACAUUUUACAUCAGUUUAUUUACCACAUGUAUAGUAGUCAGAUGCCAUAAGGUGUUCAUAGAACACAAAAAAUGCUAAAUAAUACAUACAAUAAUACAACUCUUUAACGAAGUGAUGGGUACUAACCUAACCCGAGCAAUACAUUUCUUAACUUGUUUUGCACAUUGUAUGUUAGUUUGAGGUUUAUAAAGUAAAGAAAGAAAUGCCACUCUACAAUGCUAGUCUUUUGUGUAUUACCACAGGUUACACAUUUUCAUAAAGAUUUUCAACUGUACAGUGUGACGCAAUAACACUGCCUGCUGAUAAUUCAAAAGUGUCUUGCUAGUUCUUGGAACAAUCACAUUUGGAAGUUCCACACCCAUCCCAUCAGGACCUGGACUAAAUAAAAAAUUAGACACUAGACACUAACUGCAAGAACCGAGACUGACCCCAUGCCGAUACUUAGUCAUGUUUGUCUACUUGCUUUUUUCUUCUUUUUUCGUUUUGAUGCAUUUUUUACAUAUAAGCUGUAUGUUUUUGAUAACAAACUGAUAACACUGCUAGUCAGUCUUUCAAAACCAGAUCUCAUGCUUUCACUGGUUAUAUAUAAUUUCAUUCCACAUAAUCAUUGUUCCAAAACACAUAUCUUUGUAAUAAAUAAUGAGAACAUUUGGUUUAAUCGCUGAAACACAACAGUAUGACCUUUCAAUUUAGUACUUUUAGUAUAAUCAGUUCAUUCAACAUCAAACAAUGUAAGAUACAUGUUUCAAAUCAGCCAUGUUGCUGAGUUAUAGAGGUUAACAGGUUCCCCAUUAGACAACACACUUACAGUACCUAACUUGCAUAAUUGAUGUAAAAUCCAUUAAGUUUGUAAUACUAUCUGUCCAGUGUGUCAACAAAAGGAGUGAUGAAGAUAUGACAUGGCCAUGAGGUUUUGUGUAGGACAGUUUGCUGCCAAUGCAGUAAAAUGCUGUCACUUUACCAUAUGACUGAGUCUGUACUGUAGUUUCGGUGCUUUCUUUGGUGACUUGCAUUACUUUGACAGUCUCUACCAUGGUAAGUCCUCUGUUUAGAGUCCCGCAUACAUGUCUCUCUUAUUCAGAUGCGUCUGUGAUCAGUCUGACAGACACACAUUUAAUUGUAUCUUGAUCUAUGCAUAUUUAUCACAAAUUGCAAAUGUCUCUCUCUUUCACACACACACACGCGCACUUGGAAAAUUGUGGUUAUUAUCUGAUUUAAAUUGCUUAUACUGUAACAAUAAUUUAUUUUAUUUAGUUAUCUAUUUCGGAAAUUGCCGACCAUGCAGUUCUACAGAAUCUGUAUCUCUAGAAAAUGUAUAGAUACCAAAUGAUUCACUGAUUAACCAUUAAGAUCAGUUGGAUUAAAUCAUAGACAGACAUUAAUCUGAACGAGAAGAGAGGCAAAUGAAAAGUUUGAUCGUACGAAUGGCAGUUGUCGUGAAUGAAAUGUUUACAUAAUGAAACACCUUUUCACUUGUGUUGUGAAAAGGAUACUUUGUGAUUUUUUUUUUUGUACUAAUGCAAUUGAAAACAUGCUGAAAUGUUUGGAAAAGGUGAAUUUUGAUGAUCAGUUGUGAGAUAAGUACUAAGAAUUUUGAAAAUGUACAACUUGUGAAAUACAAAAUA